CAAUGCGACCAUAAUCAACUGAUCUCAUGGACAUAAACAAAAAAUGUGCUCUGCUCGGUGACGAAGAGCCUGCCGGUGUCACCUUUUGACGUAAAGACGUCAGAGGUGAGAUGAUGCCUUACAAUAAAAGGCGCCCGAAUCCACACGAGUAUCAGAGGACCAGGAGCAGAAGGGAAUAUUACUAGUGUUUUCACUCUCCAAAGACCAACUGAUACUCAGGAUGCACAGGUGUGUCGGUGGAGUUUGUGUGUCUCUCAUUGUGUGCGCGUUUCUGACGGAAACACUCGGGAUGGUGAUCGCGGCAAAAGAGAAGAGAGGAUGGACCCUGAACAGUGCUGGUUAUCUCCUCGGUCCUCGUCGUAUUGAUCACCUUAUACAGAUUAAGGAUACUCCCAGUGCAAGGGGGCGAGAAGAUCUGCUUGGUCAAUAUGCCAUUGAUAGUCACAGGAGCCUUAGCGACAAACACGGACUGGCAGGAAAGAGAGAAAUGCCUUUAGAUGAGGAUUUCAAGACAGGAGCUCUGAGGAUAGCAGAUGAGGAUGUCGUCCAUACCAUCAUUGACUUUCUUUCUUAUCUCAAAUUAAAAGAAAUUGGGGCUCUGGACAGCCUGCCGUCCUCUCUCACAUCAGAAGAGAUUAGUCAGUCCUAACUUUGAGCGAAGUGAGCGCUCACACACCCUGACCUCCUCCACUGUGUCCCGCUGAACUCUUUCUCUCUCUCAGAGGCUGUGUAUUCACACUCAUAACACGCUAAAGCUUCAAUAUGGCCACGUAUUCACAAUCACAAUCAUGGCUGAUGUGGAGAUGGAUUCAAAAAUAAAACUCAUAAAUGGCAUUCCA